AUGGCAUUGGCUCGUGCGUCCAUGUGGAUGUUGGCGGUGUUCGUCGCCGCAUUGCUUCUGGCGGUCCCAGGUUCCGCUGCGGCCACGGAAGGCGGCGCCGGUGGGAACACCGGCACCGUCAUCGGCAUCGACCUCGGCACCACCUACUCGUGCGUCGGCGUCUACCGGAACGGCCGCGUCGAGAUAAUCGCCAACGAUCAGGGCAACCGGAUCACUCCUUCCUGGGUCGCCUUCACCGACGGCGGCGAGCGGCUCAUCGGCGAGGCCGCCAAGAACCAGGCGGCGGCCAACCCGGAACGCACCAUCUACGACGCCAAGCGCCUCAUCGGCCGGGAGUUCGCCGAUGCCGUCGUGCAGCGGGACAUCAAGCUGCUGCCGUACUCUGUCGUGGAUCGCAAGGGCAAGCCGCACGUCCAGGUGCAGGUGAAGGACGGCGACGUGCGCGUGUUCAGCCCCGAGGAGGUAAGCGCCAUGGUGCUCACCAAGAUGAAGGAGACCGCUGAAGCCUACCUCGGCGAGAAGGUCACGCACGCCGUGGUCACCGUGCCGGCCUACUUCAACGACGCGCAGCGCCAGGCCACCAAGGACGCCGGCGUCAUAGCCGGGCUCAACGUCCUCCGCAUCGUCAACGAGCCCACCGCGGCAGCGAUCGCCUACGGCAUCGAGCAGAAGGGGUCCGAGAAGAACGUGCUGGUGUUCGACCUUGGCGGCGGCACCUUCGACGUCAGCGUGCUGGCCAUCGACAAUGGCGUGUUCGAGGUCCUGGCGACCAACGGGGACACUCACCUCGGAGGCGAGGAUUUCGACCAGCGCCUGAUGGACUACUUCAUCAAGCUGAUCAAGCGGAAGCACGGCCGGGACAUCGCCGGCGACAUGCGCGCGCUGGGGAAGCUGCGCCGGGAGUGCGAGCGCGCCAAGCGUGCGCUCAGCAACCAGCACCAGGUGCGCGUCGAGAUCGAGUCGCUCUUCGACGGCACCGACUUCUCGGAGCAGCUCACCAGGGCGCGGUUCGAGGAGCUCAACAACGACCUCUUCCGGAAGACGAUGGUGCCGGUGAAGAAGGCCAUGGCGGACGCUGGGCUCAAGAAGACUGACAUCGACGAGAUCGUGCUCGUGGGCGGCAGCACCAGGAUCCCCAAGGUGCAGCAACUCCUCAAGGACUACUUCAACGGCAAGGAGCCCAACAAGGGUGUCAAUCCCGACGAGGCCGUCGCGUACGGCGCCGCCGUGCAGGCUAGCAUCGUGAGUGGACACGUCGACGAUAAGACCAAGGACAUGAUCCUGAUCGACGUGGCGCCGCUUACCCUAGGCAUGGAGACGGUCGGCGGUGUGAUGACGAAGCUGAUCCCGAGGAACACGGUGGUGCCGACGAAGAAGACACAGGUGUUCACGACGUACCAGGACAAGCAGACCAGCGUGUCCAUCAAGGUGUACGAGGGCGAGAGGAGCAUGACCAAGGACAACAGGCUCCUCGGCAAGUUUGAGCUCUCUGGAAUCCCGCCGGCACCGAGGGGUACGCCGCAGAUCGAGGUGACGUUCGAGGUGGACGUGAACGGCAUCCUCCACGUGAAGGCGGCGGACAAGGGCACCGGCAAGUCGGAGAAGAUCACCAUCACCAACGACGGCCGUCGUCAUAGCCAGGAGGAGAUCGACCGGAUGGUGCAGGAGGCCGAGGAGUUCGCGGAGCAGGACCUAAAGGUCAAGGAGCGGGUCGACGCCAGGAACAAGCUGGAGACGUACGUGUACAACAUCAAGAACACUGUGGAUGGUAAGAUGGCCGACGCGAUGGAAAGUGACGAGAAGGAGAAGGUCGAGGAGGCCGUGCGGGAGGCGAACGACUGGCUCGACGGCAACCCGGAGUCGGAGAAGGAGGACUACGAUGAGAAGCUCCGCGAGUUGGAAGAAGUGUGCAACCCUGUCAUCUCGGCGGUGUACCAGAGGUCUGGAGGCGCACCGGGUGAUAACAGCGCUGAGGAGGACGAUCACGAUGAGCUGUAGGACUAUGGCUUGUUUGUUAG